AGCAGCACCUGGCCGCCGGGCCCGCCCUCUUCUGUGACGUCGACCUCGUCGCCGACAGCGACGCCAAGUUCACCGCCUGCAGCCAGUACUUCCGCCAGCUGCUGCUGUCGUCUUCCCCACCUCCUUCGGAUCCAGUAUUGGACACCCGCCAUCAACCCCCUCUUCUGGGGGGCUGAGCGAGUCCUGGAGCUGCCUCACCUCCAGUCCAGAGUGCUGUCCAACCUACUCAACUUCAUCUAUACCUCCCACGUCCCCCGCCGGCACUACAAGGGGAAAAGGCUUCUCUCAGAGGCGGGCCUCAGCCUCGGGGUGCCCUUCUUGACCCACCUGGUUAAAGAAGAGGAGAAGGAACCAGGGGAGAUGAAGGGUAAAAGCAGGCAGGGCCGAGCAGGGGAGGCCAUGAUGGAUGAUGGGGCAGACGGCCCAGAGAACGCUAAGAUCACCCUCAGCUUCCCCCUCAGUGCCGCCCUGCCCGCCGCCCUCACCAUUCACAACCACCGCCCCUCCUCGGCCAUGUCCCCCCCCCGCUGCCGACACUCCUCCUCGGGGUCCAAUGAGGGGUCGUCAUGGAAACUGGCCACCACGGACAAACGGCGGCCGUUUAAACAGCCCCGACAUGACAGCUCUCCGUCCUCUUCCUCCUCCUCCCAUUCUUCUUCCUCUCCCAUGGAUCUUACCGCACUGGUCAAAAAGGACACCAAAUCCCCCCCACCUCUUUUCAAAGCCGGUCUGGACUCCCAGUUCCACAGGUUCACCCCCAGGUCCUCUAAUGGGCCUAUAGGGGGUUACCCAGGGGAGGGUCACAGACUGACCAAUGGCACAGCCUCCCCCUCAGACACUGCACAGAUCCUGUUCAACCUGAGCGCCGUGGCCUAUCAGAGCCAGGGGAGGCAGGGCACAGAGAGAAAGGAGAAAACAGGAAAACAAGGAGGGAGGGUGGGCAGCCCACAAGUUGGACCAAACCUCCACCCGCCCACCCUCCACCCUCUUCCUCCUCACUCCUCCUCCACCCCCCCAGAUGGCCCCACGGCGGAGCUGAUAUGUGGGGUGUGCCACCGCCUCUUCAGCUCCGCCUCAUCUCUCACGGCCCACAUGCGGCUGCACCGUGGGGGCCGGGCCCUCAGCUGCCAGCACUGUGGCAAAGCCUUCAUCCACAACAAGAGACUGCAGUCCCACGAGGCCUCCUGCCGGCACGCUCUGACCCCGGCCAUCCCCUCUAGCCUCCCCCUUCUCCCCAUCCAGCCAAAAGCGGAGCCCCUGGAGGAAGGGGAGGUUAGGGUGGAGGGUGGACAGAUUCUGGGUGCAGGUGAGGAAGAUAUGAAGCCUGGCAAAGGGAAGAAAGGGCGAGGUCUCCUGGUUCGACACGAAGGCGACGUGUCCGAGCUGGUGGGGGACGAGGACCACUUCGUCAAGGUGGUGGACGGCCACGUCAUCUACUUCUGCUCGGUGUGCGAGCGCUCCUACAUGACUCUGUCCAGCCUCAAGCGCCACUCCAACGUGCACUCGUGGCGCCGCAAGUACCCCUGCCACUUCUGCGACAAGGUGUUCGCCCUGGCCGAGUACCGUACCAAGCACGAGGUGUGGCACACGGGCGAGCGACGCUACCAGUGCAUCUUCUGCUGGGAGGCCUUCGCCACGUACUACAACCUGAAGACCCACCAGAAGGCUUUCCACGGCAUCAGCCCGGGCCUCAUCUCCAGCGAGAAGACGGCUAACGGCGGCUACAAGCAGAAGGUCAACGCGCUCAAGUUUUACCGCCUGCUCCCAAUGCGUUCCCAGAAGAGACCCUACAAGACCUACAGUGACUCCCUGGCCAAUGGCCUGCAGCUGCCCCCUUCUGACCCCUCUUCCGUCCCUCUGCCCCUGGACUGCAGCCUGCCCGACUCCCUGGACCCCGGUGACCUGCGCAGCCUCAUCAGUGGCUCUCUACCCAAGGGUGUGAAGCCUGACCCUGAAGAGUUCCCUGCCGGCUUCCCCCUCACAGUAGCUCUAGAGCAGGGAGAGAUCCGGCUCCCUUCCCUAACAGGCAUGGCCCUAGGGAGAGUAGCUGACAGAGAGGCAGCGUCCGAGAAGGUAGGUAGUCGUGGCAGCAGCUCCAAGGUAUCCGUUGGCAACCGAGGUAAAACUCCCAAGGUCGGCGGUAGCCCAGAGUUGGGUUUGUCCUCCGUGAUCACGUACGGCCACCCCAAGCCGUCAGUCAUAGUGCAUGGCACAGCAGUGUCAUCCGUCAUUGUCCAUAGCAACCAGGUCACCUCCGGGGGUGGGAAAAGCCCCCUGAGCAGUCCCUCCCCUGAACCUAGCAACAGCCAGACACUCCCCAAGAGCAGUGCAAAGCCUGUUAAAAAGCAUAGGGAAAGUACGGAGAGCCAUAGGAAGAGAGCUAAAUUAGUGGACAGUUCAGACGCCACAGAGGAGUCGGAGAGGAGAUCAGAGAUGGGUAGGUCCCAUCAUAAGUCCAGCAAGAGUGACGGCUCCUCAGCCAAACAGUCGUCCACAGGGUCAGAGGGCAAAGGAGCCGGGCCGCUGUGUCAGAUCACGGUGCGGAUAGGCGAGGAGGCCAUGGUCAAGCGCAGUAUCUCCGAGACGGACCUCAAGAGGGACAGGAGCCCCCCUCCUUCCAAAGCCAAAAGGACAUACUCCUCCCCACAGGAGACCAAGGAACCUCGCCACUCUCACCACCACCACCACCAUCACCACAAACACCGCUCCCAUCGCAGCUCGAGCAUCGGAGCCGAGGGGGAGAGAGGAGGAGAUGGGGAGAGCAGGAAGAAAAGUCCCAUAGCCCCGGGCAAGAUCAGAGAGUACUACUUCCGCCAGGAGGUGCGCAAGCAGGGGGAGAGUGAGGACGAUGAGGACAACCUCUGGAGGCCCUACUAUUCCUACAAACCCAAGAGGAAGGCCCCGCACGUCCACAAAGCAAAGAACUGGCAGGCCAAACUGCACUACAAACGCUCCCUCCGGCUUAUGAAGAGGGCCGAGGGAAUCGUGGACCAUGUAAAUAAGGAGGCAGAGGAGCAAGACGAGGAGGAUGGAACGAUGGAUGAGGUGGAGGUGAAAGAUCACAUAGAGCAAGAGAAGGGAGAGGUACUUGAAUCCCUCAGUAUUUCCGCUAUACCUUCAAAAGACAAAGAGGGGGAGGAAGAAAUCCAGGAGGCCCACCUUAAGACCAUUGAUCCUCCCCUGGCUUCUCCCCAACCCCCUCUGGCUACCUCAGUCUCCCCUAUGGACACAAAACGCCGGCCCUGGUCCGAUGGGAGCGCGUCGGAGUGCGAUACGUGUGGCCGCUGGUUCUCCAGCUCCAGGAAGCGGGAUAAACAUGAGCUCAGCCACCUGCUGGAGUUUGUGUGCCUCCUUUGUAGGGCCCCUUUCCCUUCCAGGGACCAGCUGGAGGAUCACCAGAGAACUCGGCACCCCAAAGCCCCCGACCCCCUGUCCGUGCCACCCCAAGCGGGACCUCAGUCCAGAGAUGAGGGCAUGGAGAGGGAGACUAAGCUGGCAGAAGUAGACAGGGCGAGGGAGAGGGUUAUACUAGGGAAGGGAAGUCCAAGUCGCCUAAGUAGGAGAUCGUUGGCGAGACACACCUGUCCGCAGUGCCAUAAGGUAUGCAAGACAUCCUCGGCGCUAAACCGCCACGUGAGGCGCCACGAGUUAAGCAGCUCCCCGGAGAGGGAAAGGGAGGAGACGCAGCCAGAGCCAAAAGCAGCAGCAGAGACUACAGUUAGCACUGCUAGCAAAGACCUAGACACCAUGAGUGGCCAUGUUCCCGUUGUUCAGUCUAUCCCAGCUAUCAGCUACCCUGUCCCAGAACCACAGCAUAGUAGCGAGGGCAUAGAGGCACAGCAGUGUGCGAGCCAGCCUAGCAAAGUGAAAGCAGAGCACCGUAUUCCAACACUGUGCAGCAGCCCUGAACUCAAUGAACUCACAACUCCUGUUCCUGACAGAGCGCCCAGUCCACUGAUUAUUCAGCCCACUUCAGAGAUCCCCAUGGCCGAUAUCCCCAGUUCAAACAGGCCCACACCCUCUCCCUCCUCCUGCACCUCGGCCCUCCAGGGAGUGCUGGUCAUGAGCAGUGGAGCUGAAUGUCUGGACUACCGGACCCCCAGGAAGAGGAGUCUGGAGGGGCAGAGCCACAGGAGAACCAGCCCUGCACCUGUCACGGGACCACCCACCGCUUCUCCGAACAUGCACCUGACCUCGCAGAUGAGAAUCAACCACACUGCUGCUCCUCCGUCCGUUGCUAUGACAACAGUGCCCCUCCGAGGGGUCUGUGGCGUGAAGCGGGAGGAAGAUAGUGUGGAGAAAGGACUGAGGCAGGGAUGUGGGAUGGGCCUCCUCCAUCAUGCUGGUUUUAAGGACUCACCAGUGGCCCAAGAUGUCAGGGUUCCGCCCUUGUCCAGGAGCCCCAGUCCCAACCAAGCACAAGACCUGACCAUGUCCUCAAUCCUAGCCAGGGAGGUGGAGAGGGAAAGGCAGAGAGAAUGGGAGAGGGAUAUGGAGAGAGAGCUGGAAAGGGGGAGGCAGAGAGAAUGGGAGAGGAAUAUGGACAGAGUGCUGGAAAGGGAGAGGCAGAGAGAAAGGGAGAUGGAGAGGGCUCAGCAGACUAGGGGGGCAUCUCACCCCCCACAGGAGCAACUCAGAGACAAGGAGGUGAUCCUCCUGGUACCCAAAGAGGAGCCAAUUAGUCCCGCACCAUCCCCUAUACACACACCCAUUCAAACCACUAUUAACAACCCUCCCUUGCAGAGGCGGCCCACCAUGUCCCCAUGCCUCUCCCCCACUGCCAUGGACCUGCUGAUGCAGGCCAACCGCCAAGUUUCCCAGUCCAUGUGUGGCACACGGGGCCCCGAGAGGCUUCAGUUGCCCACUGGGUCGGUCGGUGGCAUCGACCGCCCCUCGGCCCACGCCCUACUGCUCCCACGGGUCCCCCCACCGUCCGAGGCAGAGCCUCAGGACCACUCCCCAGUGCCAUCCAGAGACCCUCACAGAGGGGAAGUCACUGCCAGGGGAUAUCCCAUGCAGGACUACCCCCUGCCCCUCAUCGUCCAGAGCGGCUAUUGCUCUGGCAAGAAGCAGGAGGACAACCUGCUCAUGUCCUACCCAACCGGGCCUCUUGCCUUCGGGCCGUUGGGGAAGAUGAUGCCUACCGGGGACCUAGCCAAACUGCCCUUCUACCCCGACCCGUACCAUCUGCUCUACGGGCCACAGCUGCUGGCCUACCCCUACAACCUGGCCUCCCUGCCCAUGGCUCUGAACAUGAUGGCCCCUGGGGACGACAAGGUGGCGCCGCUGCCCUUCCUCCCUGCCCUCUUCAACUACGCUGCAGCAGCUGGUCCCUACACUGGCAUGGUGCCACACCACCUAAUGGCCAACCCCAGCCUCUACAACAGCGGUGGCGGCAGCAGCAAAAAACAGCGGGACAGCAGCAACGGCAAGCCGUAGAAGUUGUAAAGAGAAGUGACACUUUUAUUGUAUUUUAAAAGUGGAUGACCAGGCCUGUGGUUGAAGAAGGGGUGGAAUCAUCUCCUUUGGUUACUGAGUACACUUGCACAGUCCCCGGCCUCUCUUUUGUAAAGUAGCAAUCAGAGCCUAAGCGUUGAAUCGGCAGAGAGGAUGAUGGGAGGAGGAUGAGUGAGGAAAGAAAGGACACAUUCAUCAUUACAGACGGAUAUCCCCCUCUCCUUUCCUCUGGCUUCUGUUCUCAUGUCUUUCUGUCGUACUAGUUCUACACUAGCGCUUGGUUAAUUGUCUUCUCCGACUCGUUAUGAUAAUAUCUAUAAUAAUAAUAACAGCUAACAGGGUGUGAAAAUGUUUCACUCUGCUUCCCUUUAUAGUGACUGCAUAAUACUGAUCAUGAAUACACCUCUCUAGGGGGACGCUUUUUAGGGAAGGAAAGGGAUCAGCUUGAAAUGACAUCAAAUGAGUGUGUGGCGUGCGAUCGCUUAUGUGACCGUGUGCUCCAGGUGUUUGUGGGAGCUGUAACGUGACCUGUAUGUAGGAGUUAUGCAGUUGUGCACGCUGGGGUUGGCUUCUGUUCGUUUGGUGUGUCUGAAUGCGAGUGGCUGUACGGCUGCGGUCUGCCAUCUGCGCGCUGAUCAUUCCAUGGGGGUUCAAAGGUGUCAGCAGCAUUCCAACACUAGAAUAGCCCUUUUAUAGGUCUGUGCAUAGUUCAGUAGAAGGAGUUCUUCUAUUUCCAGGUCCCGAAGUAGCAAUGCUAGCUAACCGUAUGGAUGGAGUAGAGUCUGUACUUGAGACAAUGGCAGAUCUUGUGGGCUUAUGUUACUAUAGUGGCUAGAUGAGUCUGCUUAGGGGUUUCAUGUUAGCUUUUACCUUGCGCUAAACAGCUGCAAAAAGUUCCUGUAAAAGGGGGGAGACUUGACAAGUCUUGUAGCUGAUUUGUAAAUGUACUUUAGCUGUAGCUGACCACUGGGCGAGAAACACGGGUUAGUGUAGACCACGCACUUCCUGUUCUCCUUGUACUCAUCUCAUUUCUUCCAAGGAUUGAAAAACAAAUAAGAAUAGGUCGGUCUUUUAAUGUUCGGUGGCCCUUUUCCUCCCCCUGAUGCCUCCUGGUGUCCAACAAAGACACAGUCCGUUUACUAGGCCGGUUUGAAGAGAGGGGGAGUGUGGAAGGGAAAACAGAGCGAUGGAAUCAGGGCAGGGCAAUUCCUGUGAUAUCUGGAAAGAGCGAGCGAGGGAGAUUUUAAAAGAGAACCACAGAGGCCAGGCGCACCUAGGUCAGUACCCUCGACGGAGCUUCCGGGUCAAAUCAAAAUGACCCCUCCCCUCUUACUGAAAGGGCAUAGAAAAGGACAACGGAAAUCGAGUCGGAUGGCGCCACAGUGGCUCCCGUUUGUGUAAAACAGCUUUUUCGUGUCCCAAUAGCUCCUCCCUUCUUCUGGGGCAGAGAAAGGUGACGUCGUUGUAGGGCCGGGCGUAGCAGCAUCCGUUGUGCGGCUCGGAGUUUCCCAGAUGUCGUGUGGGACUUUUUCUGUAAUGUCUUUCUCUGUACGUUACAUUUGUUUGUUUUGUUUGACUUUUAUAUCACCUUUUGCUAGCGAGACAGAAGUGGCUUCAGCAAAUUAAAGAGGUUUCGAGUACACUUAUGAAUAUGAAUGUCGUUUUAGUCAAGAGGUUAAGUGCAUAAAGUUAGACGGGUUUCAGUUUUUCCGACUUGAAACAUAGCGUGUGGAGAGCCGUUAUGAAGUCUGGUAUGCAUAUUUACAGUAGUCCUAGGAACAUGUCAAGAAACUUAGAUUCUGUAUCCACAAAAGCAUGAGCAACACUCGCUUCCUGACAGUUUUUAUUAUUCUCGAUAUCCAAAAUCUCUCACGUUUUCCUUCCCAUGGCUCCUCAUCCUCUGUCGUUCCCCCCCCCCCACUAUCUCAGCUCACCAUCUCUGUUUUGUUUUGUAUUUGUUCUGCAGUAUAACCCCCUAAAAACAGAGCAGCUGCCACAUUUAUUUCUCACAAUCCGUAUGGGAGCUGUCCAAUUAUCCCCUUUCCUCCCCAAACGUGCACACUUUACACAGCCUCUUUUUGGAGUGUGUAUGGUGUGUGUGUGUGUGUGUGUGACGAAACCGCUGCACUGUUCGUUUCGGGCAGGAGGACGGAAACACUGAGUAACCAACUGCAGGGGCUCACGGCCUCGACUUGGUUGUGGUUACAAGCCUUUUGUGUGUAUUUCUGUGUGUGUGUGUGUGUGUGUCUCUCUAUGCGUGUGUCUGUAUGUAGCACAGGAGGUUGGUGGCACCUUAAUUGGGGAGGACAGGCUCGUGGAAACGGCUUGUGCGGAAUAAAUGGAAUGGUAUCAAAUAGAUGGAGCACGUGGGUUCCAUGUGUUUAAAGCCAUGCCAAUAGCUCCUUUCCAGCUGUUAUGAGCCGUCCUGCCCUCAGCAGCCUCCACUGGUAUGUGUGUCUGUAUGGGGGCGGAAAAGGAAAACCGAAACGCAUCUGCCUCUUAGCAGUAUAUCCCUCGAGGUACUGUAUAUGGACAGCCUGUGUUUUUUUUGUUUUUUUUCAGUGGUUUUCUUCCAGAGCCCGCCCCCGUUCCUACCCAGCUGUAAAGACUCACCAUACUGUACCCAUCGAGGCCAUUUCACUAGAUAGACAUGUUUUUGUGUUUCGUUAAAAAAAUUAAUUUCUUCUAACAUAUUUUUGCCAUCAUGGUGAUCAAUCACUGACCCAAACGCCUGCAAAUAGACACAGAGUGAAUUCUGGUGACGAUAUACAUAUUCACAUUUAUGUUGAGUAAGUUCAAAUGAAUUGUGCCUCCGCUUCAGUAUAUUUAAACGUAGCUGUAUUCAAAUGGUUUGGAUCUUCCAGAUUUCAGACAAGGUGCCUUUUGUAUGGCUUAAGAAAUGGAAAUGAUACAUGGGUGAAUUUAUCAAAAUGGCAAAUAACCGGGAGAAAAGUUGUGGCUUAAUGUGCUAUGAAGCUGGUCAUAGUUCUAGGGGUGUGGCUAAACUGUUUGGUAUUGUGUAUGUUUAGGUAAAUACUGUGCCAUAGUUUUUAGAGUCCACAAAUACGUUAUUGUUUUGUUUUUUCUUCUUCAAAUAUAUGAAAUGUUUUAAUGUUGCCUGAUAACUUUGUCUGGAUUUGAUACAAAGGCUUGUAGCCACAGCUCUCCCAAAGUCCCUUGUUUGUUUCUUUAACACUUUCCUCUUGUUCACCUCUUUCCCGCUCUUUCUCCUCGCUACAAUCAAACAAAUAAAGUAUUAACCUGAUGACCCAA